CCAGUGCUCCAUCUCCCCACCAGUCCUCAAUUAAUUCUCCGCGGAGAGCAGGAUUCCCGUCCUUCUUUUUAAGGAAUCCUUCUCCUUCGUCUUCUUACUGGUGAGAGGAUGGGGAAAGCAACAGCGAUGCCGGCGACAGUGCUGGCCGGAAUCUGUUUUCCGGCGUUCUUCAUCCUUCUGUGCUGCGCCGCAGGAGCGCUAGGCGCCGAGUCGCCGAUGUUUGCUCCUUUUAUCGACAACGUGUGUAAAGCCGUGAGUUGUGGGAAGGGAACUUGUAAAUCCUCCAGCAGUAACUUAUUCAUCCCAUACGUCUGCGAGUGCGAAGAUGGGUGGAAAAGGAUGGUCAACACCACCGGCUUUGAGUUCAUGCCCUGCAUCAUCCCUAACUGUACUGUGGACUAUUCCUGUAAUCAGCAGUCUCCACCUCCUCCUCCGGCAGUAGUACCGCAGUUCCAGCUUCCAAAUUCUUCAAUUUUUGACCCAUGCAAAUUUGCUUACUGUGGAGAAGGAACAUGCAUGAAGAACUCAACAUUUGGUUAUACUUGCCAGUGCAAAGAAGGUGCUGCCAACCUUAUGAAGUUGGACAGCCUUCCAUGCAUGACUAAAUGUAAUCUUGGAGCUGACUGUUCAGGCACUGGAAUUGCAAUUGGUAAACAACCGCCAUCAUCUGAACCAGUCACCAGUCCAAAUAGCAGCAAAGGCCUGUCAAGAAGCGUGAAGUGGUUCAUUACAUGCGCACUGGUUGGACUCAUGGUUCCUGCUGUAUGAAAGUGGUCAUUAUCACUCGUUCUUGUACAAAAUUGUGUCACCAUAUUGUGAGAGAUGGCUUUUGCUAGUGCCAUUAUCAUGUCUUUAGUUUUUACAAUUGAGUUUUUUUUACCAUCUUGAACAGGCUUGCCGCACCACAUAGAGAGCAUCUGUAUUCUGUUAGUUUGGUCGCAUAAAUGAGUUCAUUUUUGGGUUCUUUUCGGAAA